AUGCGUGAGCACCGCGGGACAGGAGCCCAAGCAGCGACUGCAAGGGUGGUGGCGCGGAAACUGUCAACUCCCAUCGUCGACCUGCCAGCCUGGGCCCGGUCGGGGUGGAGUUGGGGGCGGGUGGUCGCCGCGAGGGUCCAGAGGGGCAGGGAGGAGCUCCCGCCAGCCGCUCAGCUGCUGUCAAAGGCUGCCCGCGCGCGGCAGGGAGACAUCUCGGAGACCCGGAGAGGACGCCCGCGGACGGGCUUGGGGCCGAGUCCCCCGUGCCCUCAGCCCGGUGGCUGCGACCCCCAGCACAGGCUGACGGCCGCCACCCCCAAACCGCCUUCUCUGCAGGCCAUGGAUGGUGUCCGGGACCCCAAGCCCUCGGCCAGCGUCAUCCGCGCCCAGCGGCCGCCUUUACCUACUGUGUGGCUGCCGCCGCGCGCUUCCACUCACCAAGAGAAUCCCCAGUCGUCGUCGCUGUCGCUGCCGCUGCCGCCGCCGCCGCAAACUCCCAACCCCCGCCCCCUCAGCUGACUUAGGGAAGGAUCAUUCUCCUGGCAUCAUAAGAACAUGCACAGUUGAGUCAAACAGCCUGGGAGAUGGCAGAGGCAAACCCUGCGGCACUGUCUGAUGUCACCAGAGGAAGAUAUGGGAGCAGAUGGUGAAGGCAAUAGCUCCAUGUACCACAAGAACCUCAGAACCCAGCCCCCCCACAGAAGAACGGAUAAGCUGCUGAAAGAGGCAAUGCACCAAACACUCUGGCACUAUAGCUACUCCCGUCCAAGCCAAAUCGUCAUUGGAAAUGGCUUCUUGUCUGCCUGAGGCUGCUUUUGUAUUUGGUGAUGGAGCUAGGCGAUCUCUGUGUUGCCAGGAAGGCGAGUGGCCCUCUCUGCCCCUGGCUCUUUGGCAGGUGGCCACACUCGGAUCACAUGGGGGAAUCUGGCAAAUCAAGUCCAAUUCCCUUGCAGUGGAGCUGCAGCAAGAUUUCCAGUUAGUGAUUUCAUGGUGGCUCCUAUGAGUCAGAGCGCCCUGAUUCUCCUGCAGAGGGGGAGGGCCUAAGUUUGUCCCCAAGAGGGUCAUCAUUACUCUUGGUUUGAGAAUUCUGCAGUCUUUGGAGGCCAGAGAACGAAGCUCACCACAAGAACGAGAAUCCUGAGCCUAGCCACUGCCGCCAGCCACCUGGUGGCAAACUUUCACCCAGCUGGUAGUGUGGAUUUUCGCCCUUCCUUUGUGCUGACAUCUGUCUCUCUCCUUUUUAAAGUUGCUGUUAUUUCUUGUUUAAAAUUUUG